UAUGGUUCUUAUGAAUAUAAUGAUUUCUAUUUAUAUUUAUUUCAAGAGUUGUUAUUAGAGGAUCUUUGUAUGUUUUACGAUAUCAGUAGACGUCUUCAGUUACGGAGCACGUGACAUUAAACGCGUACGAUAAUAAUACUUCGAUAUAAAACUGUAGGACCAAGAUACUCAGAAAUACAGUACGGUCAUCGUCAUUGGGAGUUAUAUAGAUCCAUGGACAACAUUCUAUGAAAUAUGAAGUUUAUUAAUGUGUUGUUGAGUUAUAUCACAAUCAAAGUCUGUGCUGCUGGCAAAUUAGAGGGAGAUAUCCUUGACACAUUGAGGAAUGCGAAAGCGAAUAUUGACAAAGGAAACGUAAAGUCGGUGAACGUGCAAGGCGAUGGAGCGCUUGCAGGAGGUCUGUAUGGAAUAUCGCUGACAACAACAAAACCACCGACAACAUCAAUGCAAUCCGAUCUCCCUUUUCUCCCAGGAGGCAGACGAGAUGACCAACCUUCUCCAGCUUGCUUGGAUUUGAUGAUCGUGAUAGACGUGUCGUGUUCUAUUAAAGAAGAAGAUAGGAUUAAAGCCCGCGACUUUGCGGCUGAUGUUGUGAAAGGAAUACUUACAACGGCGACUGUGGAUACAAGGGUAGGUCUGGUGCGAUAUAGCCAGACGAUCGAGUUAGUUUUUAGGCUUGAUGACCACGGCGAGACGGAUGUGAUUGACAACGCGAUUCGUACAAUGAAUACAAGUGACCUAGGCUGUAAGACAAAUACCCAUUUAGUCCUUAAAGAACUCUAUAGCAAAUACUUCACAGACAAGUUUGGCGACAGGUCCAACGAAGCAUACCCAAACGCGGCCAUAUUGUUUACAGACGGUCGUACAAUUUCGCAGAGGUUUGCUCCUGAAACAAAGAGACAGGCCAAGAAUGCUGAAGUGUCUGACAUAGAGAUACAUGUAGUGGAUGUGCCUCAUCGACAAGGUUUGGGAGAUUUGGCUGAUGAGUUUGACGAAUUGCCUACGAGGCCAGAACUUUUGUAUGAUGUCAAAAAACAAGAAGACAUUGAUAACAUUGUUGAUGACCUUACCAGCAGAUACAAUUGUGGUGAUCCUGAUUUCGGUGGUGGAGGGGAUGACCCCUCGUCAGGAUGUGCAAAUGUGAUAUUCGCAAUUGAUGUUAGUUGCUCGAUUGAUCGUAGUAAUGUGACAGAGGCUAUUAGUAUAGCAAAAGAUAUCAUAGACACUUCAAAGGUUGGUCAUCAAUUUGGAGCAUUUACAUACGAUAACAACACUGUAGGUUCUGUCCCAUACUUCACCGAUACAAGUGCCCAAUUAAACAACCUCGAUCCUGCAUCAAGAGCUUGCAAGACAAGAACAAACCGAGCAAUCACCUAUGCCGGAAAGAAUUACUUCAAUAAUAAUUCUUCUUCAAACGUGCUUAUUAUUUUCGGCGAUGGCAAUGAGUCCCCAUGGCGAGAAAAUAAGCUUGCGAUAGAAAAGGCCAAUGCAUUCACCAGAAAUAACAAGGGGACGCUUAUCUGGGUCAUUCUCACGAGCAAUCGAGAUGAGGCGACUAGGACACGUGGUAUAGAAGAGCAGAUCAAAGUAACAGCUUCUGUAAAUAGAUUAGGAACGAGAUUAGUCUUUGAGUACAACGAUGCUGAUGUUAUCACUGUUAUCGUGAACUAUUUGGACACACAUUUUCCCAGAUGCGUUGGGACUGUGGCAUAAUAAAUAGUUUUAAUAAUCGUCAGUCGUUAUGGUGCUGAUUUGAUAUCGAGGAGCCCUCAAUAAAUAAUUUGUCUUCAAAUAAGCAUGCAUUGAAAAAAAU